UCCCGCACCAUGGCGGAAAUCAAGAAAGAGAUGAUGAAGACCUUGGGCCUAAAACCAGGCUACAUCCGGGAGCCAAAGUCGAGGAAGGAGCUUCUUGAGCACCAACCCAAGUUGGAGGAUCUACCUGCUCGAUCUAUGCAGGAUUCCUUCACGUCGGCUAUCAUCCCACUGAGCACAGACCGCGUGUUGCAGGACAUGUAUAUAAAUUUCAUGGGCUUUGUGCGCUAUGGCAGGCUCGUGGAGGACAUGGAUCUGUUUGCUGCUUGGUGCUGUCAUAAACAUCUGAAGCUGCCAAACCUUCCUCAGGGAGUGCCUCUACCCUACACAUUUGUGACCAUUCUGGUAGACCGAAUCGAUUUCACGAACUACCCGGCAUUAGGCACCCAAGAUAUCCGCCUAUCUGGUCACGUCUCCUGGGUGGGAACCAGUUCCAUGGAGGUGGUGGUGUGGCUGGAACAGAUAGUCGAAGAAAACUACCAGAGAAUCACUCGAGCUCUCUUCCUAAUGGCGGCCAGAAAUGCCACCAACACGGGAGCAGCUCCAGUGAAUCCCAUACAUCCGGCUAAUGAAGAGGAAAAGGAGAUCUUGGAUGGUGGAGCAGAUAGAAAAAAACAAAGGCAGUUACUGAGCGCCCAUUCUGUUUUCAAAGUGGAACCCAACGCUCAGGAACAGUCGCUGAUAUACAAGCUUUACAAGAGAACCAUUCCUACGGAACACUCUGAACUAAAAAUGCGUCUUCUUCCUCCAAACUGCAUGUGGAUGAAGGACUCCUAUCAAACCAGCACGAUUGCUUCGUUUCCGGAGCACAGAAAUCACCACAACAACGUCUUCGGUGGAUUUCUCAUGCGAAGUGCAAUAGAGAUUAGCUGGACCGCAGCCUCCCUAUACUGCAAAGCACGACCGAAACUGGUGCACAUCUCGGACAUUAGUUUUGCAAAGCCAGUAAGAAUGGAUAGCUUCAUCAGGAUGACCUCCUUUGUGGUGUACACGAAGCAUAACUACAUGCAGAUUAUGACUUUUGCUGAUGUCCUGGGUGAUGCCGAUGUGAUCACCAACGUGUUCUACCUCACCUACUCCGCUCCGGACACGGUCCCUGAGGUCCUGCCUCGCUCCUACCAAGAAACCAUGUGGUACAUUCACGGUCGCCGAAAGUUCAAGGCCAGCAGAGAUGAUCAAUCGAAAUGUCAAUGAUUAUUACAAAAUUUAUAAUCAAACUAAA